UAUAUAAUAACUGCAGCCCCGCCGCUACGAAAAUUCAACCUCCAUUUCCGGCGUCUUCUUUCAAGUUUCAAGGACUGAAUCACUCAACUUGAUACUCAUGGCGAGGAUUAAGGUUCACGAGCUUAGGAACAAUACGAAGGCCGAGUUGCAGAACCAGUUGAAGGAUCUGAAGGCGGAGCUGGCUCUCCUCCGAGUGGCUAAGGUCACCGGCGGUGCGCCAAACAAGCUCUCCAAGAUAAAGGUGGUGAGGCUUUCGAUUGCGCGGGUCUUGACGGUGAUUUCGCAGAAGCAGAAGGCGGCUUUGAGGGAAGCCUACAAGAACAAGAAGUUUUUGCCCCUCGAUCUCCGCCCAAAGAAGACCAGGGCCAUCAGGAGGCGUCUCACCAAGCACCAGGAAUCCUUGAAGACAGAAAGAGAGAGGAAGAGAGAGCUGUACUUUCCAUUGAGGAAGUACGCAAUUAAGGCGUAAUGUCAGAUCCAAUUAGGAUAUCGGUGCUUUUCUUGUUAUGAUCCAUUACUAGGAUACGCUUAACAGUCUUUUUGCCGCAUUUUUUUAUCUAAUCAUUGAGACAAGAUUCCAGUUGAGUUUUUGUGAUUCUGUUGUUCAAUGAUAUGCCAGUUCUACUUUAA